UUCUGAUGAUUAAGGCAAUAUUUUCAUCUUUUCUAAAUCAUUAUUUUAACUUCAGGUCUUCUCCUCCACCUCCCAGCAGGUAUAAAUACUGUAGCUCUAUGAAGCUGAGCAACUUAGCUUUUAAGGGAUGACAGGAGCAUUUCACUUGGGGUGUGGAAUUCUAAGACACAACAGUUCAAAAUGAAACUUUCUUGGAACAGCUGAGAUUAACCUGCAUAUGUGUAAACAGGUGGGCAGGAUGAAUACGAUUCAAUAAUGAUAGACAUUGCAUUAGCAUCCAAAAGAAGCACCUCAAACAACAAUUGUUAAAAAUAAAGCAAUGCAAAACCAUUAAAUAGUUUUAAAAUUUUUAAAUUGUAUCUAGAGGAGCAGUAUGUGUUUUCUCAUCUCAUAACUCCUUGCUUUGCUCACUUUCCUCAUUCUCCUCUCAUUCCUAUUAUUGUAUCUCUUUGUUGUUGUUAGAAAGACCUCCAGCUUUAACGUUUGCACAAUGAUGCCUUUGAUGGAGGAGCUUUAUCUCACUUUCCCAUGUGUCCAACAGCAGCAUACAUCAACUUUAUCUUGUCUGCUCGUGAGGAAAGCAAUGCUUUAAUGUGUUCCCUUCAAACUGAUCCCGCCUGGGAUGUGACAUUUGCACAAUGGGUCUCACAAGGCCCUUGCAGUGGCUCAGCACCAGCACCUGUUGUGUGUCUCCUCAGACACAAUCACCAUUAUAUAUUGCAAGCAACCUGUUCCACGCUCAGUUGCUGCUGCUGUGGGAAGCAGCAAAGAGGAGAAAUGCUGGUGACGUGACGGGGAUGACAUCUCAAGCUUUUGAAGAAGGCAGCAAAAGGAGUGGUGGUGUGGUAAGCAGGACGAGGGCCACACAGGGCACUGAGCUGGGAAUGUGGCUGGGGAUUGCAGUUCUGGUUUCUCUUGCUGGAUGCUUGGCUGGGGAGGAAGCAACUGAUGAUGAAGGAACCCCCUGCUCAAAGUACCAGCAAGCUUUCAACCGUUCCUGCUACGAGUUUGUGAGACUCCAGCAAACCUUUACAAGUGCCCAGAGCUGGUGUGAGAGAGGAGGAGGGCACCUUGUCUUUAUUCAAAAUGAGGAAACUCAAGAGUUUUUGCAAAAACAUAUUGCUGAGGAUCAGGAGUGGUGGAUAGGACUGAUCUCAAACUCCUUGCAGAAUGAAACUACUGACGGGUCGAUGAUUUGGCUGGACACUUCAAAUAUAAGCUACACUAACUGGUACAAGGAUCAACCAUCUUCCAUCUCAUCCACAUGUGGGUACAUCCUGAAGAAUGCCAAGUAUCAGUGGGGUGUGACUGAAAAUUGCAGCCAGGAAUUUGACUUCAUUUGUGAGUUUGAAUCUGGCCAGAGCAUUGCAUGUGAUAAUUACAAUGCCACCGUGCAGUGUGGAUCUGGAGAAGUUAUUCAAAUUGGAGAGAGCUUCUAUGGACGGAAGACCCCUCAUUACUGUGUGUCUGAGACUCCUCUCCAGGAGGAUACAGAUGAAGGCUGCAGCUGGAUCAGUGUCAAAGAUGAAGUAGCAGGCCAGUGUCACGGUCUCCAGGCCUGCCAGGUGACAGCAGAUGGCACUUUCUUUGGAGAUCCUUGUCCAGCUUGGGGAAGCUAUUUGUCUAUUCAAUACCACUGCAAGGAAGGUCUGCAGCUGGUUGUGACAGAUUCAUGUUUUGUCUUUGAAAAUAUCACGGUCAGUCUGAACUGGCUGCUCUCACCAUACUCUGGCAACCUGUCCUGUACCAUCAGCACUGGAGAUGGUCACACUAUCGAUCCUUACUACCCUCCAACGCUGGUCAGCAACAUCACACACAGAUACUCCUCUCCUGGAGAGUUCACUGUUUUUGUGGAAUGCACCACUAGCGAAUGGCACGUGAUGGCACAGAGGCAGGUGACUGUCCAAGAUAAGAUGGAUCAACUGAGCAUUACUGGGUGCUACAGCCAGUAUGGAACUGGGAACAGCUCUCACUGCCGUGCACUGUAUGGGGAGGUGUUGUGGAUUCAGGUGGAACUCAAUGGAGGCAAUGGAGUGACCUACAUUAUGUCAGCAGAUAACAUAACCCUGGCUGAAUCCAGUGCAAAGGAAGGAAUUGCCCCUCAUAACCUGACACUGGACAGUGCCUCUCAAGAGCUGCUAGGCCCAGGGAUACAUCAGCUGGAAAUCCGAGCAUCCAGCAACACGACAGCGUCAGAGAUCUCCCAGACUUUUGCUGUUCACUUAGUUGAGCCAAUCUCUGGGCUUCAGGCUGCACUGGCUUCCCACACUCUGCAGCUGGGGGAGAAUUUGGAGGUGAAUGUCUCUGUGUCUCAUGGUGCCCCAGAUGAGGUGACAUUUGAGGUGAUGGGAUCCAACGGAACUCACUCUCACACGGAAGAUGGUCCUCGUGGGGAACCUCAGACAUACGUGGUUCCUGUGCCCUCAGAAGGUAUUUUCCUAGUGAAAGUGGUGGCCAAGAAUGCCUUCUCAAACAUGACUCUGGAUCUUGGAUUCAUCACUGUGUUGGCAAACACUUCCCAUAAAAAAGGUAAUGGCAUUAAUCUGACAGUGCUGGUUUUGACCACACUUUUUGCAAUCAGAGCCCUUAAUGGAAUAUUUAUGGUUUAUUCUGCUAAGGAAGAAGGCAGCUACAAAACAAAUAUCCAAAAGGGAAAUGAUCACAAAAGAGAACCCAAAAUCUACAUUAAACCAAGUCGCCACGUGGAUCCUUUCACAACUGUUACACUUGGCUGGCCAGACAACAACAGUAAUUCCAGUUUUCUCUGGUCCUGUGGAGCUUGCUGGCCUGCAUGGAAUGAAUGUGUGCUGCAACAGAUAAUCCUAACUAACCAAUCUGAGGUGCAAAUCCCACCUUCCUGCCUUCCUCCUCCGAAAUCGGCGGUGACUGUCAGGAUUACAGUCCGAAACCACGGCAGUGAAGAGAGGCAGGACGAGCAGUGUCUCUAUGUGACUGCAAAACAAGAACUGCAACUGCAAAUCAGGUGUGAGGCAAACUGCAAACCAGUGAAUAUUAGCAAUGAAGUUGUUUUGAGUGUCUCUGGACAGAAGGACUCCCAGGCCAUACAUUAUAACUGGUAUUUGGAUAACACAUCCCAAAUCAAGUCUACAACCCUCCCUCUGGCCUGUGCCCUGACUGGUUUCCGGCAGAACUCUUUGAAUUUGCUUCAAAGCAACACAUCCGUGUUGAGAAUGAACAGCUCCUUCUUGCAGACACAGGGAGAAGCUUUUCAGAUUAAAGUAACAGCAGUGACUCAGCGCCGCUACGGAGAGGGGAUGUACCUUGUGAGCACCGUGCCCCCGCCCGGCAUCCCCGGCUGUGCCGUGUCUCCCGAGCAGGGAUCCGUGCUCACCACCUUCAGAAUCUCCUGCAGCGCUCCCGGCGCGGUGGGUUCAUCCCAACCCAGUCCCAACAGGCAGCUCACGUACUGCUUCUACCUGAAACCAAAUUCUCUCCUGGACUGCAGCCCGGAUCCUGAACUCUUCCCAGUCUAUCUUCCACUUGGAGAAGAGGAAAAUAAUUUUAUUGUACAUGUGACAAUCACUGUUAGCAACAGCUUUGGUGAUACAGUUCAAACGAAUGCUUCAGUGAAGGUUGGACCUGCAGAUGGGAUGGAUGGGAACCUGACCCUGCAGGGCAUGGUGUCUGAGAAGGCAAACACCAUCCUAAAAGAUGGGAACAACAGCAUGAGCCUUUUCCAGCUGUACAAAUCAGUGACAUCUGUCCUUAACCAGCAGACCCAAGAGGAAAGCUUUAACAUGUCUUUGCAGACAAAUACACGAAAAGAGCUCCGAGGGCUGAUGCUGACAACUCUCUCUGCUGUUAAUGUAACAUCAAUGCAGGCUGCUCUUAAGAUGUCAGAGGUGUUGAAAGAAAUCACUUACAGGAGUGAAGAGCUGUCUGUCUCAGCACAGGUGGAAGCCAGCAACACUCUGAAAGAUGUCAGUGCUUCCUUGCUUGCUGUAAACCCAGAGGACAGCAGAGAUGAUCAGAACUUAAAGGAAGCAGCCAACCAUCUAUUUAAUGCAGUCAGCAAUGUCCUGAAAGCUUCUGUAGAAAUCAGAGCUGCAAACUCUUCGGUGCCAGAGGCAGAACAGAUUUCGGUGUCACACCAGCUCCUGAGUACAGUGGAAAAUCUCCAGAGUGCCCUCCUGUUUGGGAAAGCCCCAGAUGAUGAACCCACAGUGCUCACCACUCCUUCUGCCACAAUGUACAUGCACAGAUUACAAACAGAAAACAUGGAUGGCACAUCCAUUAACAUCUCCAAUUCCAGCUCUGCCAGCUUUACUCUCCCACCUGCUUCCUCUCUGAGUGUUUCAGGACUUGAUGAUGAAACAGUGGAUAUAAGGAUGGUGAGCUUUGCUGUGAGCCCCUUUUUCUCCAGUGACACCAGUUUUGACAUCAGUGGAACAGUGGGGGGUCUAAGUCUUACUGGUCUGGAUGGCUUGAUCAUACCAGUCAGCAACCUCAAAGAGAACAUUGAAAUCAUGUUACCAAGGCUUUCAUCGACUCAGGAAGAUAAGAUUCUGUUGAAUCUGGGCAAUUACAGCACUUUCCAAGUCAAUGUUACCUCAGAAAACACAUCUAUAGUGAUCCACCUGGAAUCUGAACACGACAUUCCACUAAUACUCUACCUGGGGUACGGUUAUCACCCAAAUGAGACUAAUUAUGAUAUGAAAAAACAUCUGUUCUCUAAGAAAGCUGCUGGAGGUGAGACAAACACCUGGGUUCUUAGCCCGGAAGAACUCAUUUUUGGAGAAGGAACCUACUAUUUCAUGGUUUUGCAAGAUAUGGGAAUGGAUUCCAAAGUCUAUGCUGGGCUAACUAUAGGUGUCACUUGCUUUGCAUCCCGCUGUGUAUUUUGGGAUGAGCGCCAGGGGAGCUGGAACAGCUAUGGAUGUCAUGUAGGACCAAAAACAAAUCCUAGAAGCACACAGUGCCUGUGCAAUCAUCUGACUUUCUUUGGGAGCUCCUUCCUUGUCAUUCCCAAUGCCAUAGAUGUCAGCAAAACUGCACAGCUAUUUGGUACAUUUGUGGACAAUCCCGUGGUGGUGACAACUGUAGGAUGCAUCUUUCUGAUUUAUGUGCUUGUAGUUAUUUGGGCUCGAAGGAAAGACAUCCAGGAUGAUGCCAAAGUGAAAAUCACAGUCCUGGAAGACAAUGACCCCUUUGCUCAGUAUCGGUACCUGGUGACAGUUUUUACAGGACACCGCCGUGGUGCAGCCACAACCUCCAAGGUGACUCUCACCCUCUAUGGAAUGGAAGGAGAGAGUGAGCCCCACCAUCUAAUUGAUCCUGAUACACCUGUGUUUGAACGUGGAGGAGUGGAUGUUUUCCUUCUCUGUACCUUCUUCCCUCUUGGGGAACUGCAGAGUAUUAGACUGUGGCAUGAUAACUCAGGGGACAGCCCGUCCUGGUAUGUGAAUCGAGUGUUAGUCCAUGAUCUGGCAUGGGAUCAGAAAUGGUACUUCCUCUGUAACUCCUGGCUAGCCAUUGAUAUUGGAGAAUGUGUCCUAGAUAAAGUGUUCCCAGUAGCUACAGAACGGGACAUGAAGCAGUUCAGCAAUCUGUUUUUCAUGAAGACCUCCAGGGAUUUCCAGGACGGGCACAUCUGGUACUCGGUUUUCAGCCGCUCCCCACGAAGCUCCUUCACGCGCGCCCAGCGCGUGUCGUGUUGCUUCUCCCUGCUGCUGUGCACCAUGCUGACCAGCAUCAUGUUCUGGGGUGUGCCAAAGGACCCAGCCGAGCAGAAAAUGGAUCUGGGUAAGAUCGAGUUCACAUGGCAGGAAGUGAUGAUUGGCUUUGAGAGCUCCCUCCUCAUGUUCCCCAUCAACCUGCUCAUUGUGCAGAUCUUCAGGAACACACGACCCCGGCCAGCCAAGGAGGGGGGACAGAGGAAGCCGGGGAAGAAUGGCCGAGUGUCCCCAAGCGUACCCCUCACCUCAGAGGUCACCCAGGCUGCCUCGCUCACUCCAGAGGCUGUGACAAAGGAUAUAAGAAGAAUUGCCAACUCACUCUUGAAAGUCCUGAAGACUCCACCUCUCACCUCAGCAUCAGAUCUUGGAAAAGCAACAAACAUCAACUCCCUUCUGUCAUUGGUUGAGGACAUCAUCUGCCAGCAGAACAGAGCUGGGCAAGGGUUUUAUGACGGGAGCAAAAAGGAUGGCCCUGUAAUUGUCACUUUAGGUUCUAUGGAUAUGCAAGAAAAAACAAGAAGCCCAAGUCCAGGGAAGAGAAUUUGUGAGCGACUGAAAUACAGUGAUUACAAUUACUGCUUGUACACACAACUCCAGCAUGUGGAGAUGGAGCUGGAAUUACUGGGGCCCCAUAAAUUCCAGCUGCCUCAGAGUUACACACAAGCUGUUCAUCAGGUUCAGCACAUGAAGAACCUCCUGGAGCCCCGAAUGUGGUCCCUUACUCCAAACUUCUCCGGUGAUGACAAGAAGAGUGUUUCUUCCAAAGGACUGCCCUGGUGGUUUGUGUUCAUCGGGUGGUUCCUGGUGGCAGCCACCAGUGGUGUGUCCGGGUUCUUUACCAUGCUCUAUGGGCUGCACUACGGCAAGGAGAACUCCAUCAAGUGGCUGAUCUCCAUGGUCAUCUCCUUCUUGGAAAGUCUUUUCAUCACACAGCCCUUAAAGGUGCUGGGAUUUGCUGCUUUUUUUGCUCUGGUUCUGAAGAAGGUGGAACAUGAGGAUGUAGAAAACCCAGCUAUUGAUGGGCCUUUAUCUGCACCAGGUGAUUCACACCCUGUCUUUGGAGCCCGAAGGGACAGCAGAAGCAACAUUUACCGGCCACCUCCUGCAGCUGAUGUGGAAAAAAUGAAAAUCAGCUGCAUGAAGGAGCAGAAAGCAUUUGCCCUCAUCCGAGAAAUCCUGGCCUAUAUUGGGUUUUUAUGGAUGCUGUUACUGGUUGCCUAUGGGCAGAGAGAUCCCAAUUCCUACUAUUUGAACAAACACAUUGAGGAAAGCUUUACAGCUGGAUUCCACGAUGUCUACAGUUACCAGGAUUUCUUCACGUGGGCAAACACAACCUUACUCAAAAACCUGUACGGAUCAUAUAAAGGAUUCAUUACAGAUGGCAAUUCCAAGCUGGUGGGGAGUGCUCGAAUUCGCCAAGUAAGAGUGAAAGGAGACACCUGCCCUAUUUCUCCCAAACUCCAGCAUGUAGUUGAGGAAUGCCACGCUCCAUACUCCCUACAGACAGAAGAUACAGCAGUUUAUGGGGAACACUGGAAUACUUCGGUCUUUGAUAACUCCUCUGAGCUGAGCUCAGCGUGGCAGUAUCAGAGUCAGUCCAAACUGAGAGGGCAGCCCAGCUGGGGUAAACUGGCCACCUACAGUGGAGGGGGAUACGUGAUUCACCUGGGAACCGAUCCUGGGAAUGCCUCCAGAAUUCUCCAAUACCUUUUCAACAAUGUCUGGCUGGACACCUUCACCAGAGCAGUGUUUGUUGAAUUUACAGUCUACAAUGCCAAUGUGAACCUGUUCUGCAUUAUAAGCCUGAUGUUUGAGAGCAAUGCUUUGGGUGCCUUCUUCACCAGUGCAGAGCUGCAGAGUGUCCGGCUUUACCCCUACACCAACAGCCUCCACAUCUUUGUGGUUGCAGCAGAAGGGAUUUAUUUCCUCUUUAUUGUGUACUACAUGAUAGUACAGGGGAAGCUGAUGAAGAGUCUGAGAUGGAGAUAUUUCCACAGCAAGUGGAAUCUCCUGGAGAUGGCCAUUAUAUUGAUUAGCUGGAGUGCUCUGUCAGUGUUUGUGAAGAGGACAAUCCUUGGGACCCGAGACAUCAGUUACUACCAGGAACACAAAGAGAACUCUGUGAGCUUCAGUGAGACAGCGAGAGCUGAUGCAGUUCUUGGUUACCUGAUCGCGUUCCUGGUGCUCCUCUCCACAGUGAAACUGUGGCACCUCCUCAGGCUCAACCCUAAGCUAAACAUGAUCACCUCAACACUGAGGAGGGCAUGGGGUGACAUCUCUGGAUUCAUCACUGUGAUUGCAAUCAUGUUCCUUGCCUAUUCCAUUGCUGCAAACCUGAUAUUUGGCUGGAAGCUCUGCUCUUACAAAACUCUCUUUGAUUCAGCAGAGACCAUGGUCAGUCUUCAGCUGGGAAUUUUCAACUAUGAAGAGGUCUUGGACUACAAUCCAAUUUUAGGCUCCUUCUUAAUUGGAUCCUGCAUCGUUUUUAUGACAUUUGUGGUACUGAAUCUGUUCAUUUCGGUGAUUCUGGUUGCUUUUAGUGAGGAGCAGAAGCACUACCAGGCUUCAGAAGAAGAGGAGAUUGUUGAUCUGAUGCUAAUGAAACUCUUCAGUUUCUUCGGGAUUAAAUGCAAGAAGGAAGAGAAGCCAGUCACUGACGGGCAGCUGGAGCAACCUGUCAGCGAGUGAACGACCACCACAUUGAAAAGUCACUUUGCUUGUGGUCAUAAUAUUUACUUGUUCGCUAUCAGCUGCAGUGGUUAGGGUUAGGUUAGGUUUUAGGCUUAGGUUAUCGCAGCUUCUCACUAGAACGGGCUUACCCAAGGGAAUGGCGUGAAGCUGUGACAGGGGAGGUUUAGGUUGGAUAUAAAGAAAAGGUUAAAGAGGGUGGUCGGGCACUGAACAGGCUCCCAGGACAGUGCUCGUGGUCCCAAGCCUGAGGGAGUUCAAGGAGCCUUUGGACAAUGCUCUCAGGCACAUAGUGGGAUUCUUGGGGGUGCCCUGUGCAGGGCCAGGAGCUGGACUUGGAUCAUCCGUGUGGGUCCCUCCAAACU